AUGGAAUUUAUCCAAGUCAUCUACAAAUGUGCCUUUGUUCUUGCAUUGAUAGUCAGUUAUGAAAUUGUAUCAAUCCAGGGAAGGCAAUUAAGGCCAAAGAACAAGCAGGAUUUGAAUAAGCUUACUAGCAGUGGUACUGGUGCGGAGCAAGAACAUGGUGUUCGAGCGUUUCGACCAACACCGACGACACCGGGAAAGGGAGGAAAUUCCCCACCAACGACGACCAAAACACAUAAUCAACAAGUUGGUUCGAGUGAUGAUGAAUCAAGAAAUUCAGGUGCAGAAGUACACAAAGAUGCAUUUCGACCGGCACCGACCACACCAGGUAAAGGCCACGGAAUUGGACAUUCGAAUGAACAAGUAGCGGUUGAAGCUCAAGGACAGAAUUCUAACGGUAGGCAUUAUGUUGCCGGAGACAAAGAAGAUUUCCGCCCCACUACACCUGGCCACAGCCCUGGGGCUGGACAUGGUACGGGAAAGAAUUAA